AUGAUUACCGCGCCUCUGCCCGAUCACCCCAAUGGAAGCUUAACCAACACCCGAGGGGCCAUUCCUCUCAAUGAAGCGUUUGAGCGUCUCCGCUGGUCGGUCUUCGAAGACGUCUCCAACAUUCUCGUUCUCGAUGAACCAAACACUCAGAAGCCUGGUCUAUCGCCCUUUGAAGGCCAUGCGAUCGCAUUGGAACCAGCUUCCGAGAUCCCUCUGACCAAGAUAGCCUUCAGCAUCGACGAGCUCAACCAAUUCGCAGCUCUUGAAACAGGCUUCAGCGAUGACGAGUUCGACGAGCCUGGGUUUGAGGAAAAUCGUCGCUAUCAGCGACCAGAGCCCUUACUUGUUACCAGAGCAGAUAGCGGUACUGUUACAGUUGCAGACGUCGUUCAGCAAUUAUCGGUCUACUUCUCCACUCACAAGGAAGACAUUCUUAUGGCAAAAGCCUAUACGAACGGGGACACGAGCGACCACGGGGCGGACGACCAUCAAGCUGCCACUAAUACACUGGGCAAAAAUCGGGGUUCAUCUCCCGGCACGAAAGUUUUCUUCGAUGGAUUCUUUGGUAUCAUAGAGCCCAGUAUGGACUCUGUUCCUGUACUAUUGUGGGCCGAGGGAGAGGGUACCUCGUAUCCAUUAGAUGACAGACUCCGACAAUAG